UGUUGAAGACACGUUAAGAACCCGCCGUGUUCUGUCAACAUCGCAUUCUUUUCAUUUUAGUGCAGACUGGAUUUACAGCAGAUCUACCGUUGACUCACAUCGCAAAAUCUUCUCCAGCCACAUCCGGAAAAGCCUAGAAUUCAGAAACUAAUUUCUGAGCUGUUGCCAACAGUUGAAAAUCCGACAUCAAUGUCAGAAGUCGAUCCGUCAAGUCCACACAUUAUUGCCUGUAUGGCCAGAGCUUCUGCAGAGCUCAACACCACCCUGUCACCGCCCAAGGAUGUAACCGCUUUCGGCGACAACCCAGCGUUGAAGAACGAGCUCCUGGGUCUACUUCUCCAGGGGAAGAAGACGUCUACGACAAACUGGCCAAUCCCAGAAACGCUUCAUUGGUCAGUCGGUGACCUGUCCGUCAUACUUGAUGGCAAAGCCGAACCAAGGGCGAUCAUCAGAACCACGUCGUUCGAGAGGUGCAAAUUUCGGGAUGUAAGGGAAGACUUUGCACUCGCUGAGGGAGAGAGCACUUAUCAAGAAUGGAGAGAUGGACACAUGCGGUACUUUAAGCGUAGCGAGGAUUCAAAGGACUUUAGUGAAGACGCUGAGGUGCUGUGCGAGUGGUUUGAAGUCGUAUAUCCUCAAAUUACGAGGAAGUAGAGUUGAGGAAGCCACCAGACCAGUCGGAAGAGAAAGAAUUAGCAAAGUAUGAAGUCAACGUUCAGAAACCGUUAGAAGUCCAUCGAAAUAGUCCUCCAGCAAUGGAGGUCCCUCUAAGAGUGUUGCACAGCAAAAGUUCUCUUCGCCCAUAGCUUAUUGUCAUAAAAUGCAAAAGGGUUGGGCCCUAACCAGGAUUCGAACC